AUUUGGGGAUUGAAGUGAGGCGUGGUCGGGUGGGGGGGAAGGGUUGUGGCCGCGAGCAUGUGCAUAGCUGCAUGGGCGUGGCAAUCUCAUCCUGCCUACCAACUCCUCCUCCUCCUCAACAGAGACGAAUUCCAUGACAGGCCUACAAAACCAGUGGGGUGGUGGGGGGACGGUGACGGUCAGGCGAUAUUGGGGGGGAGAGAUGAACUGGGAGGGGGUACGUGGAUGGGAUGCACCAGGGAUGGAAAGGUGGCCUUUCUGACGAACUUUAGGGAGCCUGACCCUUGGUCCGGUUCGAGGUCGAGGGGAGAAUUGCCAAAGAGGUUCUUGGAGAGCACAAAAUGCCCUUCAGAGUUUGCAGAGGAAAUAGUCAAGGAAGCUGAUCAAUAUAAUGGCUUUAAUCUGAUAGUGGCUGAUCUUUGCACAAAAUCCAUGUUCUAUAUCUCCAACAGGCCAAAAGGAAAACCUGUUUCUCUUCUGGAAGUUCUCCCUGGUAUCCAUGUACUUUCAAAUGCAAAUUUAGAUUCUCCUUGGCCCAAGGCAGAAAGAUUGCGCAAGGGUUUCAGCGAAGCACUAGCGAGUUGCAGGGAUGAGGAACUCUGCAUGAAGGACAUUGUCAAAAAGCUGAUGUGUGACAAAACAAAGGCUGAGAGAAAUAUGUUACCAAUGACUGGCUGCAGUCCUGAGUGGGAGUUGGAAGUCAGCUCAAUCUUCAUAGAGACACACAGAGAGCAGGGACUUUACGGAACGCGAAACAUGGGUGCAUUAUCGGUUAAAACAAGCGGCGAGGUUAGCUUCUACGAGAGGUAUAUCGAAAAUAGCAACUGGAAGGAGCAUGUCUUUCAGUACCACGUGGAACAAUUGUAGUCGAUCAAAAGUUGGAUGAAUAAUUGGUCAGUUUGUUUCUGACACUGGGUACUCUAGAAAAUGGCAUGAUAAGCUAUCUUUGUUAUUACAACUCUUGAUAAGGAGAGAGAGAGAGAGAGAGAAGACUGCAUGCCGAAUCAGAUAUGAUAGAGGAUGUUUGAGUCAAAGCGAGAUGGUUACUGUACGUCGUUAGAUGUACCCUGUUGCAUCAUUUCUUUCCAGUGAAUUCAGUGCUAUCAUGGCGUGUGCUCU